AUGGCCAGGAGAAACUCCUGCCAGCUGUAUCAGGUAAUAUCCCUGUUCACUUUUGCUGUUGGGGUCAAUAUCUGCUUAGGAUUCACAGCAAAUCGAAUUAAGAGGGCAGAAGGAUGGGAUGAAGGCCCUCCUACAGUGUUAUCAGACUCCCCCUGGACCAACACCUCUGGAUCUUGCAAGGGCAGAUGCUUUGAACUUCAAGAGGUCGGACCCCCUGAUUGUCGGUGUGACAACCUGUGUAAGAGCUACAGCAGUUGCUGCCAUGACUUUGAUGAGCUUUGUUUGAAGACAGCUGGCGGCUGGGAGUGUACUAAGGACAGAUGCGGAGAAGUAAGAAAUGAAGACAAUGCUUGUCACUGCUCAGAGGACUGCUUGGCCAGGGGAGACUGCUGUACUAAUUACCAAGUGGUUUGCAAAGGAGAGUCACAUUGGGUAGAUGAUGACUGUGAGGAAAUAAAGGCCCCAGAAUGUCCUGCAGGGUUUGUUCGCCCUCCAUUAAUCAUCUUCUCUGUGGAUGGUUUCCGUGCAUCGUACAUGAAGAAAGGCAGCAAGGUCAUGCCUAACAUUGAAAAGCUAAGGUCUUGUGGCACUCACUCUCCCUACAUGAGGCCGGUGUACCCGACAAAAACUUUCCCUAACUUAUACACUUUGGCCACGGGGCUAUAUCCAGAAUCACAUGGAAUUGUUGGCAAUUCAAUGUAUGAUCCUGUAUUUGAUGCCACUUUCCAUCUUCGAGGGCGAGAGAAAUUUAAUCAUAGGUGGUGGGGAGGUCAACCGCUAUGGAUUACAGCCACCAAGCAAGGGGUGAAAGCUGGGACAUUCUUCUGGUCUGUGAUGAUCCCUCAUGAGCGGAGGAUAUUAACCAUCCUGCAGUGGCUCACCCUGCCAGACAACGAAAGGCCUUCAGUCUAUGCCUUCUAUUCCGAACAACCUGAUUUCUCUGGACACAAAUAUGGCCCUUUUGGCCCUGAGGAGAGUAGUUAUGGUUCACCUUUUACUCCGGCUAAGAGACCUAAGAGGAAGGUUACCCCUAAGAGGAGACAGGAAAGACCAGUUACUCCUCCAAAGAAAAGAAGAAGAAAAUUACAUAGGAUGGAUCAUUAUGCUGCGGAAACUCGUCAGGACAAAAUGACAAACCCUCUGAGGGAUAUUGACAAAACAGUGGGGCAAUUAAUGGAUGGACUGAAACAACUAAAGCUGCAUCGCUGUGUAAAUGUCAUCUUUGUUGGAGACCAUGGAAUGGAAGAUGUCACAUGUGACAGAACCGAAUUCUUGAGCAAUUACCUAACUAAUGUGGAUGACAUUACUUUAGUGCCAGGAACUCUAGGAAGAAUUCGACCCAAAUUUAGCAAUAAUGCUAAAUAUGACCCUAAAGUCAUUAUUGCUAAUCUCACGUGUAAAAAACCAGAUCAGCACUUUAAGCCUUACAUGAAACAGCACCUUCCCAAACGUUUGCACUAUGCCAACAACAGAAGAAUUGAGGACAUCCAUUUAUUGGUGGACCGAAGAUGGCACGUCGCAAGGAAACCUUUGGAUGUUUAUAAGAAACCAUCGGGAAAAUGUUUUUUCCAGGGAGACCAUGGAUUUGAUAACAAGGUCAGCAGCAUGCAGACUGUUUUCGUAGGUUAUGGCCCAACAUUUAAGUACAAGACUAAAGUGCCUCCAUUUGAAAACAUUGAACUUUACAAUGUUAUGUGUGAUCUCCUGGGAUUGAAACCAGCUCCUAAUAAUGGGACUCAUGGAAGUUUGAACCAUCUCCUGCGUACUAACACUUUCAGACCCACCAUGCCAGAGGAAGUUACCAGACCCAACUACCCAGGGAUUAUGUACCUUCAGUCUGAUUUUGACCUGGGCUGUACCUGUGAUGAUAAGGUAGAGCCAAAGAACAAAUUGGAUGAACUCAACAAACGCCUUCAUAUAAAAGGGUCUACAGAAGAGAGACACCUCCUCUAUGGACGGCCUGCAGUGCUUUAUCGGACUAGAUAUGAUAUCUUGUAUCACACUGACUUUGAAAGCAGUUAUAGUGAAAUAUUCCUAAUGCCACUCUGGACAUCGUACACUGUUUCCAAACAGGCGGAGGUCUCUGGCAUCCCUGAACACCUGACCAAUUGCGUCCGGCCUGAUGUCCGUGUUUCUCCGAGUUUCAGUCAGAGCUGCUUGGCCUACAAAAAUGAUAAACAGAUGUCCUAUGGAUUCCUCUUUCCUCCAUAUCUGAGCUCUUUGCCAGAAGCUAAAUAUGAUGCAUUCCUUGUAACCAAUAUGGUUCCAAUGUAUCCUGCUUUCAAACGAGUCUGGAAUUAUUUCCAAAGGGUUCUGGUGAAGAAAUAUGCUUCAGAAAGAAAUGGAGUUAAUGUGAUAAGUGGACCAAUUUUUGACUAUGACUACGAUGGCUUACAUGACACACAAGACAAAAUCAAACAGUAUGUGGAAGGCAGUUCUAUUCCUGUUCCAACUCACUACUACAGUAUCAUCACCAGCUGCCUGGAUUUCACCCAGCCCGCCGACAAGUGUGACGGCCCCCUCUCCGUCUCCUCAUUCAUCCUUCCUCACAGACCGGACAAUGAUGAAAGCUGCAAUAGCUCAGAGGAUGAGUCGAAAUGGGUAGAAGAGCUUAUAAAGAUGCACACGGCUCGGGUGCGGGACAUUGAACAUCUUACUAGUCUGGAUUUCUUCCGCAAGACCAGCCGCAGCUAUUCAGAAAUUCUGACACUAAAGACAUACCUGCAUACAUAUGAGAGCGAGAUUUAA